UCUCCGGCUUGAUUCGUUUUUGUGUGAGUGAACGUAUACAUGGUUAGUAAUUCGUUAAUAUGUUGUCUUAUAGUCCGUGAUCGCAGCUUUUCUGUACAUAUUACCGUGUGGUUCACAAACACAUAUAAAGAUUAUACAGCCGUUGUUGGUCGUCGCCGAUAGUUCCAAAGCGUUUCAUUCGUGUGGUCCCGAAAAGAUGGCCGCCACGACAGCGUACGGUGGUGAUGUUGACGUCGUUCACGAAGAACCCGCGUCCAGUGUGCCCGAGUGAAUUAUACAAGUGUGUGGAAUACGAAAUUAAUCUGUGCCAUUUAUAAAGUUUUAUAAUCAUCGCGUUUAUAGAACGCGAUCUAUAAUCUAAACAAUUGUGAAACUACAAAUACAUUAAGGUUCCGUGCGAGGGUGAAGGAAAGUACGACAGUGAGGUGAGUGCCCAGAAAGUAACCAGGAUAAUACAUUACGUGGGUGUAAAAAAUGAGUGCUAUAGAGUAAAGUGAGUGUAUUAGUGAUAAGUAUUAAUUUAUGAUUAAUCUUAUUAGUAAUAUAGAUAAAAAUAAAUUGUUAGUGCCAUUAAAAAAUAAUCAAAUUGCCCAGACUUUCGUUCCACGAAACUUCGUGUCAACGGACGGCCAUAUUAAUCUGGAGCUCCGCCGUCAUAGGAGUUUCGGCGGUGCAAAAGAGUGAGAUAGAAGAGUAUUUAGUGAAACAAAAAAUAUCUCGAAAAAUUCCAUUUUAUGAAAAAAAAAUUUGUUAAAAAAAAGUUGAAACAUUUUUUCAAAAAAAAAAAUAUUUCUCUGAGGGUUUCUCUUCUUAAAAAAUCUUAUUUUCAACAUGGAUUUGUGAAUGAAGUAUACAAAGUGCGUGAAAAUAAAAAACGAGGAAACGGGAACGUGACGACGACAUCGACGACAACGAGGAGGGCACACCGCCGUUUGUUGUUUUGCCUGAUGUCCCUACACCGUCGUCGAUCCCGGUAUUUCGGCUCACUUUCUCCCAAAGCUAAAGAGACUAGACUAUUUGCUAUCUUUAAACUACCGUGAUAACUACGGCAAGUUGGAGUUGGCGUUUCUUCAUUGGUGGCUAGAGAAUUGGGACCAAAGAAGAAAAAAGAAAACGAAGAAUAAAAUAGUGAAGAAAGUACUGGCGUUUAGGUCUCGGGGGAGGACAUCGCCGGCGUUUGACAUUUUAGCGUAAUUGCUGAUGUCCGCCACGAGUCCUGCCCUUGUUGCUCCUAGUCGGUGCUCGCUGCCACGAGACACGGCGGGUCCUGGUAGUCCAUUACUUCACACUGUUUCCACAGUGUUGAGGUUGCAGCUGGGGCUGUGCCAUUGGCGCAGCGAUUCCCGGUUAACGACAAUAUCCCCGACCCAAUUGUCGCCUCACGAAGAUCAGUGGCUGCCGUACAUAAACUGCAUUCGACACCCCUCUGAAUGUCUUCACACAUCCAAAAGUCGUGCGUGCGUAAACUCACUAAAGGAUCGGACAGCACAUACAAUGGAUUAUGAUGGUAAAAUAAGAAGGCUACAUUUACACCGCAAGACAAAUACUACGUACACGAAACAAUCAUCGUAAUAAUGGUCCCAUUAUUCGUGGGGCUUGAAGCUACGUUAAGUGACAGCAAAAAAAAAUACGGCGACAAGGUGAAUGCACUUCUGUCCGCCUGGGAGCAUGUCACCAAUUUCAUUCCUGCGGCAACCCCAGAGGCAACCCAGUCUCUUAUAGAAUGGGUCCACAAACAUACAUUGAAAUUGGUAUUGCGUGGGGAGUGGCCGAAGCUGUCACCUGCUACGAAAACACACCUCACCGUAACGUUACAGAGGUGUGUGAGUCACCUGGUGCACCAUCCUGUUGCACCAAAAUGUACAGCCCUUAUUUCAUUAGUACACAAUCCUUGGAAUCAUCCUGGACUUGAUUGUAUAUUUAACGGAGGACCAGAUGCUGAUCAUGAAGAUGAAUUUUGUUACUCGGAGCAAGGUGAUUUGUUGAUGAUGAGGUUAAAAAUUCUUUGUGAAGAACGUUGCGAGGAUAUAGCAGUAAAACUUGCAGCAGCGUGCGUCCGUUCUAUCAGACGAAGCGAACGUGUGAGAUCAGUGUUAGAUAACCACCAAAUCGAGUAUAUGAUCGAUGUUUACAUUGUCCUGUUGUACAAAUUGAAACGCACGCAAGAUAUAUUCGCUCAAUUAAAAUUAAUGGACCUUAAUGAUGGAUUAAAACUUGUUCAGAGACUAAGUGAAGUGAAACCCGCAAAGUACGAUACUGCGCGUGUUUGGCGAAAUUCGAUAAAAGCUGCCGAAUUAGUUGCUCAGUAUCUAGUUACUGCGGGAAUGGUUCGACCAGUUAAUGAAACAGGCAUAAAUGUUUUAGAACAAAUUUUAGGUACCUGGGCUGGUUUACAUAUUAAAAUAAGAGAAAAUGAUCCAAAUUUACCAGGAAUGAUUAGGAAAUUAAUAGAACCAGCAGAGAGUGCGGUCCAUAUUUAUGCCUUUUGUGGAGUAUUGUUGACCCAUUUUGGCGAGAAGAUAAAACCAUUGGCUGUCGAGCUGUAUAUUAGAGCACUUACAACGGACAUGAACGAAUUGGAAACACAAAAAGCAAAGUCUGACAAGGAUAGCGUACAUGAGACAGUAAAACGCUUGAGUAUGCAGUUCCUUAAAUUGGCCGAUAUUUUAGACAGCAAUAUCGGUAUUGCAAGAGAGUGUGUCUUGACAGCAUUCUCACUACAUCCCACGCGUACUUGCUAUGAUAAAAUUCGUGAGAUGGCUGUGGCUUGUGGAAAACUAAAACAAGAAAGUGAUGCUGACGAAGCAGAAGAUGAAGAAGAUGAAAAUGCUCAAUCUGAAACUCAAAAGUCAGAAUCCAAAGAAAAUUGUCAAAAUUGUGCAGCUAAAAAUUACGAUACUUCCAAUCAAUUGUUAAAAAGUUUGUUAACAGCACCGAAGAAAAGUGAUAAUGAUGCGAGUAGUCCCAAAAAAGAAUCAAAUUUAGAUGGUCUUAAUGGGCAAGUUUGUUGCAAUUGUAAUAAUUAUAUUAAAAAAGAGAAAACAAAAAAGAAGAAACAUACGAAUAAACCUGUUGAAAGAACACUUGAUGCUUUAAUAUUAAUAAAAGGUGAUGCCGUGACAGGUUCGGCAAAUUACGAUGAAAAGUCUGUGCCAAAUCAGGUUUUAGAUUCGGAAAAUCUUGGUCUUUCACCUCAGCUAUGCGACGAUUUAGCUGUAGUUCUCAGUAGUCCUCGCUUUCAUAUACUGAGUUGGGUUUUAGAUUGGUCAGAAUUAAGUGGCUUAUGUGAAAAAUAUUUGGAAAAUGCUGAAGAAAUGCGCAAUACAAAUAAAGAACUAAAAUAUCUCAAUAUCGAUUACUCACAAUUUAAAGAUUGGCCUUCUGAAGAUGACACUAAAGACGAUUUCUUUGGAAUUGAAAAAGGAUAUGAGCAAUGGGCGGAUCCACCGUCAGAUAGUUCUGAACAAUAUGGUAGUUUUCAGCCAGCAGGAUCUUACAAAAGAUCUUCAACAAGAAGGAGUUUGGAUGAUAGCUCUGAUUCCGACAGUGGGAGUACAUUCCGGGUUCGACGAACUCCAAGACAACGUAAGGUACACAGGUUAGAGUCGUCUGAGAGUGAUUAUGACAGUGAUGAACGCAAACAAAAACACUUUCGGAACAAUUCAAAUUCAGUAUCUGAUUCUGAAGAUACAAAUACUCAAGAUAGUCAAACAGAUAGUUUGGGUAGCGACGGAUUUAGGCGAGAGAGUAAACUUAAUAAAUCGUGCAAUAAAGAUAUUACAAAGAAGCGAGAAAAAUCGAAAUUAACGGUAGAAACAGUGUCGCAUUUUCAUAUGCUGGUCGAAAAUAUUCGACAUCCUACUGAUGACGUUAGUGGGUCAGAUGUUAGUAGUAAUGACAUAAUAACUUUAUUCUCGGCCGAUAUGGAUGAAAAUAAACGUGAGACAAUUAAAGCAUCAACGUAUACAGCUGCAGCACCUUUAAUGAUAUCUGAGAAACGAAGAAGUGAUCCGGCUGUCCUAAAAUCAUUAAGAAUGUUUCGACCGAAAAAUGCUAAAAAUUCUACUUCUAGAAUAACGCAAAUUUUACCUAAAAAUAUUUUAAGUAAUAACAAUAAUAACAAUAAUAAAAAUAAGGAUUCUAAUGUAAUUAAUGCAGGGAAUGUGAAAAAAUUCGCACCAAUGCUCAGUACGUUAAAUUUAAAUCCAAAAAUUAUUUUAACAAGAGACGAUGAGAUUGAUAGGAAAUUAUUGCAAUCGAAAAAACAAAAUUUAAAUACUAGUGAUAUAUCCAGCGAACUCAUUCAUAUUCAAAAAACUAUGCCAUUCGUUUCGCACAAAAAUUCCAUUGGCUCGUUUCACAAGCGUAAAGGUGAUCAAAAUGAUAAAAAUAAAAAUCAGCGCAAUCGUAAACCAAUAAAGUCUAAUUUAGGAAAAAAUAAAUUUGAUAUUCUUGCGAAAGCCGUCAGAGAUUCAGAUAUUUUAACAAAAAAUGUUCCCGGAAUGAAUUCACUUGAUAUGAUGGUACCACCGAGAGUUCAGUCGACUGUUAACGUUGUACAAAUUUCGAGAAACAUUCCACAAAGUCCUAAUUCUGGAUCAGUAAAUAGUGGGAAUACACCUCCAAGAAAUCGAACUUCGAGCAUUGCGGGUAAUAUUCAAUUACCUGGAACACCAUCCUCUGGGGGACACGAUAGUGGUGUGGGAAUGAGUCCCGCUGGACAAACACCACCUCCAAGAACUUCAGUUCUACAUGAUGUUGGUGAGGAAGCUAAUCAACCACCUGAUACAUCACCCACUAGUUCAACGAAUGCUUCAACUACUGAACCAGAUAGUCCUCAUACCAUGAAUAAUCAGCAAAGUCAAAACGAUUCGCCAAAUAAAUCACCAUCACCGUCAGGUACAACUGUUGCCUCUGUUCCCAUCACUUCAGAGCAAUUGCAAAUCGUUUGCAAGCCUGAUGGAACAUACCAAUUAGCUUCAGUGAAUCCUAACGUUGUGAGUGCACAGAGGAAUGUGUUAACAUUACAAAAUUUAGAUGAUGAUAGUGUUGCUUUUUCAAGGCAUAUUCAACGGGUAUCUGAGUCAUCGACUGAGUCGAAUAGAACGAAUUAUGAAAGGUCAACUCUAGUGAAAGUGUCUCAACAGCAACAGGGACAAAAUACAGGUUUACCAAAGUUUCAACAAGCCUUUGGGAAAACAACAUAUACAUUGUCGACUGAUACAACUACUGUAGCCACAUCUUCAACAACAGAAACAAUAUCCCAACCGAUGAGUAGUAUUCAAAAGACCUCGAAUCUCUCAAAGGCUGUACAAACAUCUGUGUCGAAUAGUCAAGUAACUACUGGACUUAAUGUACAGUCCAUAACAAACAUUCCAAAUCUGCAAUUGUCAAGUGGCAGGCAGAUACUUAACAUAGUCCAGAGCUCUGGUAGUAAUACGAGCGUUAGUACUCCCAAUGCUAGUCAAACUUUAACGCAACUUGUUCAAAAUGCUUCUCCUGGUGGUGUUAUAUAUACGCACAAAAUUCCCGUUACUAUUACAACUACUAAUGCUAAUCAGUUAAACAUCAUUCCAACAAUAGCACAUACGAAUUCUCUUUCGGGUGGAAGAACGCCUGUGGUUAAAUUAAAUAUUAUUAGAGCAGGUACUCCGUUACGGCAACAAAAUAUUGCUGAAGCUAUAGCUCAAGCUGUUUUAACUGCUCCAAGGAUACAACAACAACAACAGCAACACCAACAACAGCAAAAUCAACAAAGGCAACAACCUCAGCAACAACAAACCACAGUUAGACCUGAUACUUUAUUGAAUUCUCCUAUUGAAGUUCCCAAUCAGGUUAGUUCAACAACUUUAGAACAAUUACGAGAAUUCGAAAGUGUUUUAGAACAAGUCAAAGAACGAAGUACAAUUCAACCACAACAUCAGGCAUCGUCCACCACUACAACAACUGUUCAAACACAAACGACGAGUCAGCAAAGCCAAGCAAAACAACAGCAACAUCAACAAACAUCCGUUUCAAGUUUAGCUCAGCAAUUACUUAUUUCAGCUCAAUCUUCUACGAAUACAGAAUAUAAUAGUAAUGGCAAUAAUACAUCUUUCCAACAAGAUGUUUUUCCUCAAAAAGUCUCAUUAACAUACGUCAAUCAAACUAAUACAACUACUCCCCAGAAAGGUACUAAUUCUACUCCUGUAGUUGUAGUGACUUCUUAUUGCCAGCCAGCAGCUUCACCAGCACUCAGUGUUACUUCUCAAAGUUCAUCGAGUCCAUGUGUAACUCCAGCGCCAGCACCAAUACCAUCUUCAGGAAAAACUCCACCAACACCAUCUCCAAAGAGUGCCAAGAAGUCUGUACCUAAAACAGUAAAAACUAGUGCCACUAAUACAUCGAAAGCUUCACCAAUUCCAAAGCCCCAACAAAAACCGCAAGAAGAUGAGCAAACGGCGCAGAGAAUUUAUACAAUUUUAGCUGAGUAUGCUGAGCAGUUGAGGAAUUCUCCUGAUUUAAAUAAUAAACCAGCUCCAAGGAGACGCUCUAAUCCUCCGACAAAUCCUAGUCAGUCAUCAAAACGUAAAAAAUCUAGUGUCGGUAAAUCGAAACCAUCAGGGCAACAGUCAUCGGAAUUAAGUCCUAGUGCUGAUGAUUUAGGACGAACCAUGGGUAGUGAAGACUCUUCAAGUGGUAUAGUUCAUGUUCAAGAUAGUCCAGCUGGAUUUACAUCACAGGAUGAACAGCCAGCAGCUUCAAGUGUUGAUUCAUCAUCAGAAACAAGAAAUAUAACGAACGAUUCUAACGAUAGUGUUGAAGUGAAUGUUAAAAGGCGAAAUUUAAUUUUUACUGAACCAGGUAGUGGGCAGCCGAGGACAGUAAUUGUCCACGAACCAGUCCCAACGGCUUCUGUAAGUAUUAGUGAAGCUUUGACAUCGCUGGAUAAUUCAAGAGUAGCUGGUGCUCUUGCUUCGGUUGGAAAAGUUGGCAGCACAGCAGUAUUUGUUCCCGGAACAAAUUAUAUCUUACCAAUGAAUCUUGUGAAGGGGACUCAACAGUUUACGAUUGUUUCUGGAGGUUCUAAACUUCUUGCAACUGUACCAGCGACUGUUAGAACAAGUGGAAGUACUGGAGUGUCAAACACAUUAGUCUUACAAUCAUUUCUAAAUCAAACUGGAAAAUUAAUUUCUCAACCAGCGCAAGUUAAACAAGUAAAAUUACCAAAUUUACAGACAUUAUCAACUACUCAGUCGUUAAGUAGUACACAAAAUGCCUCAGUAGUUAUUCCACAAACUAAUACAUCAACACAGUUUUCAAGUGAAUCUACGACAGACAGUAAAAAUGAUACUGGAAAUGAAGUGAUAAUUAAGAGUGAACCUACCACACCUGUUAUGAAUAAUGAAUCAACAACAACUAUCUUAGUUAACAAAUCUCCGACUAUUGGGAUUCUUCAACGGAAUAUUAAUGAGAUAACUGAAGGUCAACAAAUAUGUGGUGUUAUUACUAGUAAUGCUAAUUUAACUAUUCAAGGUGCAAGAUUAUUCAACUCAACAAUCGGAAAACUGUCUACUGCCAGUUUAAAAGACGGAGUAGUUUGUUUAACUUCAGCUGUAACUGAUGCAUCAGAUAAAAAAGCAUCUGGAGAUCAAACUCAAGGUGAUAAACCAGUUUCAAUGCAUGGAGCAACUAUUGCUCUUGCUUUUGCUACUUCAACUGACGUCUCAGCAAUAAAUAAUAGCCAACAACAGACAAAAUCUCCUCAAUUGCAACAAAAUUCAUCUUCAUUGCAACAGAAAAGUACGAGAGAAACAUCUACAGAAAUUAUAACGAAUGAUAAAGUUAUUUCUCCAAAAGCUGUAAAGAAAAAACUUGAAGAAUUGACUUCGGAUAAAAUUUCUAAAUCUUUAAUAACAUCAAAUUCUUUAGUAUCACCUAAUGUUGUUACAACGAUACAAAAUAACAUAAAAACUGAAAUUAAUUCUACUGUUUCUAAACAGAUUUCUAAUAUUGAUAGUCCAAGUCAAUUUUUAGUUUCAAGUGAUCCUGGUCUUGAUAGUCAGGAUUCUUCAAUACGUCAGACAAAUGAUACUGAUUCAAGUUGUAAAGUUGGUAAUGGUGUUUUGUGUAGUAAUGCUAGACUACAAGAAGCUUGGGAGCCUGAUAGAAAAUCCUCUCCAGAUACUCCUUGGAGAUAUGUACCCACAUCAACGAAUCAAUUGACUAUUGAGCCACUAAAAGUGUAUUCUCGAGAUGGAGAAAAUUCUGAAAAUGUACAAACUGUUCUUCAGAUAAUCAAUAAAGGUCAAGGAAUUGAAAUGACUGGUAACCAAAUAUAUCCAGCAAAUACGAAAAAGUAUUUUAUAAAUCAUACUUUAGAACCUUUUCAACAGUAUUCUAAUAAAAGUAAUAUUGUAAAAAAUCAGACAAAUAAUUCAAGAUCGGAAAAAGAACUAGUACAGCAGAGGAUAGAGAGAAAUCGUGCUGCAAUGGAGAGAGAAUUAAGAUUGCAAAAGAGUUUAUCUGAAGAGUGUGAAGAUUUAGGCGUCGAUGAACCAAGCACAAGUGAUUUAUUUCCAGAAGCUGAUCUACUUUUUGACACAAAUCAUUCACCAUCAUUUGAUCAUUUAUCUCAAGAUGCUUCUUGUAGUCAGCCGCUUGGAAUGAGAUUAUAUAAUUCUUCGUAUUUUCGCCCACUAGAUUCGUCUAGUGGUAGUAGAGACACGAGUCCAGUUGCUGAGAUGAAACCGAACGAACGAAGAAGAAGUAUCUCUCAGAGGAGUAGGAAUGUAAAAGAUUCGGCUAAAAGAUCUAGAAGUGACAAGCUUGAUGAUAAUCAGCUCGAAAAUCCACCAAAAAGAAUAAAAUUAAGUCCAGGGCAUAUUAGUCAUGAUGACGGAUCUAACAGUAAUUCAGAUAUGUCAAGGUUAUCUCUUCCACAUUUACAAAUGACAGAUACUGAUUCUAAAGAUAAUAGUCACGUUAAAAUGAUAUCAAGAAAUGGAUCUAAAGAAGGUUCUCCAAUAAGCGUGUCUAGUAUUCCGUCAAACAUCAAAUUAGAUAUUGAUUUAGACUCAGAAUCAUUACCUUUAGGAACAAAUGCCAAUAAUGUAUCGAUUGAAAGCUCGGGAGAUGAUAGUUUAACUCUUUUAGGUGGUAAUACUGCUAAUGUUACAAUACCAUCUCCUUUAUCUCCGAUUGCUGGGCCUCUUUUGUCAACGCACAAAUACACUUAUACGAACAAAAAAAGAACUACAUCAAAAGUUCUUCGUGCCGAGUAUCUGUCUUGGGAGAGUCCAGUCUCUGAAAGAACGAGAUCAAGUAGUGAUGAAGAGGAUUCAAGUAUCAGCGAGUCAAUAAGCAGUCAACCAGACGAUAGUGUAAUAACGAAUGGGCUUGACGAUUCUAUGCAGAUGUCUAGUGUAAAAACAACUCCUGACAGAUGUACGUAUUUGAAAAAGAAAGAUAAAUUACAAGUUAAUGCAAGGGUAGUACUAAAUCGAGCUGAUCCAAAGAGUAUAAUUGCAAGACGUGCUAAAGGAGAGGCAAUUAAUGAGUCUGGUGUAAUGUCUAGUGAUAAAGCAUCAGAGCCUUCCGAUGAUGAGACGUGCCAUACCACACUAAUUGAACCAGAUUGUCGUGCAAGAAGAUCUAGUUUACGAGGACACGUGAAAAAAGGCUGCGCUUGUUGUAAUGGUUCUCCAGAACGACCGAAAAAAAAACCUAUCAAGGUGGAUCAUAAACUAAAGAAAAAAUUAGUGUCAAAGCAAUUGGGAAAGAAAAGGUAGUCUUAGCGAUCAUAUUCUUGCUUCAAUGUAUUACAUUGUACGGUAUUUGUAAAUUAAAAAAAAAGCUUCGGGUAAUUUUUGAUAAAGAAUAUGAUAAAAGUAGACAAUGAUGGAAAUGUGUAUUGAUCACCGAAUGAUUGAAGCGGCUAUUUAAUCAAUUGUGAAAAAUUAAUUGAGAAGAAACGGUAGUAGCUAAAACGAGAAGUGUAUGGCUCUUGCAAAUAUUAAGUUAUAAAGGAUUAAUAAUAAUGUAAAUAAUAGUAUGCUUGAUGAAUGUAUAGCAGGCUUCACACAUCCAAAGUACUUGGAUCGAGGCUCGGCAGUGUAGGUAAUGUUCUUUAUUAAUAUAAAUUAAUAUUAAAUUAACUUGCUAUUAAAAAAAUGGAGAUUUAUUAGCCAUUCUUCAUAAAUAGUAGGUCAUGGUUUUACUUUUAGGUGUUAUAAAUGAUUCUAAUCGUAGUUUGAGUCAUCAAUAAAUGGAAAUAAAUUUAGAUUAAACUUAUAAAAACAUUAGAAAUGCAAUCUAGUCAGCUGGUAAGGCUCGGGUUGAAGAGAUAUUAUAUUAAUAAAAUAUUAAAGUAUAAUUAUUGAUAGUGCCCUUUAUAUUAAAAAAAUUCCAUCUAUGGUUACUAUCAUUUUAGGAAUUAAUUAAUAUUGAUACAUAAUUAAAUGGUAUUCUCGAGCCGACCAGAGACUAACAAUUAUUCUUAUACAACUUGUACAGUUGUGCUCUACCGUUUUUCCAAACUUGCCGCGUGUGAUCGUAAAUAAUCUUUUUAUAUUUAUUAUUAUAUUUUAAUUUAUAUGAAGAUACGUGUUUAAAUCAUUCGAAGAGAUUUUUGUUGCUUUUUUUGUUCUUUUCUUAUUUGAAUAAUAAAAAACAAAGUCACUUGAUCCAAGUAUUAAAUUGUAGUUGGUUCAUUUUGAGAAAUAAAUUUUAUCUGACUCAAAAGACUCAAAUUAAUGUUAGAGUUGAGGAAUUUGAUAUAAACAUCAAUUUAAGAUUGUUUAUUAUUUGAUACUUGACUUGAUCAUAAGAUCGACUAUCAUCAUGCAUGUGUAAAUCCAUAUUGUACAUUGAGUAGUUUCUAAUUAUGAAUAAGUAAUUCAUUAAAUAAAAAAUAAAAAUAUCAUAUUAUAUCGCUGCACUUUAGUACAAAAAUGCUUCAUCUUAUUUCGAUACUGGCAGGUACUAUCUUUCCGUAAUAUCGGUGGUGAAGCGUGAAUGUCUGCAAUUUAUUAAUGUUAAAGCAUUUGUAAAGUUUGUGUGGGUAUUUAAGAGAAGUGACUUUUUGUAACGGGCGGUUAAUUUCAAUUCUAAAUUGUCCGGAAUCAUAAAAAAUUUCUAUCUGAAUAAUUUGUUACUUAUCGUUAGUUAAUGAUGAUGAUGAUGAUGAUGAUGGUGAUUAUGAAGAUAAAUAAUAAUUAAAAAUAAAUAAUAACAUUGAUAAUUAAGUGAUGUAUCAAAAAAUAGUGCAAGUGUAGAUACGUUUUCUUAUGUUAAUGUACUUUUUCUUGAUUGAUUUAAGUUUAAAGAAUUUUGUUUGUAUCGACUGUG